AUGCAUGUGUUUCAGCCUCCAUCGCCAGUUGAGGUCGUUCUACCGCAACCACCCGUAGUCGCUGAUUCUGAAUCGGCAGAAGUAGACGUCACUGAAACAAUCGUUCUACCUAAAAAGACCGACAAACUGGAUUUCACCAGGAGAUGGCUCCAGGACGAUUUGUCGUCUUUGGCUCUCCAGCCGCCGGCACCAGUUAUGUUUUUCCCCGAAGCGUGUUCGUAUUACAACGACGCCGACGAGCACUCAUUGGGCAGCUGCUCCGCUGAGGUGGCCGCGAUUAAUUCACCCGCAAGAAAAGACAAACCGAAAAGAACUCGCAACGGCAUCGCGAUCGUGGCCUCUCUGGAGAAACCGGCGCCAAUUCGUCCGCAGCCUUGUCGUCCUCAACCAGUAUACCCUACACAAGAUAGGACGACUGGGCCACGACAUUUCCCUGUAGAACUAGAGGUGCCGAAUAUACCACGUGUGGCUUCAUAUGAUCAUGUAUCCGAGCGACAACAUCCGUCUAAUUCCUGGAGAUCGGGAUCACAGGAGCCUUAUCAGGCGCACAAAGGAAGCGUGCCACCUGAGGACAUUAUGAGGCCGUCUCCGUCCGCCUUCCAGAGCGUAUCCAGCUUUUCUGGACGUGGCGGAAAUAUGAGAGGAUCAUUAAGAUCACUUCCUGACGCCGGUCUCAUCAUCCGCGGCAAGUACCAACAGCAGGCGUCACCCAUGAAAGACCCAUCAUUGGCCAUCGAUCAGUUAUGUGCCGAGUUGGAGCUCAACACUGAACAGCCCUUGACGGCUGCUGACAAGCGACGAUCGUUUCCGACUUCGUAUGGUCAUGACAGCUCGUACGCCACUGGAAGUAUGCUCUAUGAGCAGCCGACUCGGCGGCAGUCUGAAAGGAGGGCGCCACUGAUUGAGAAGAAAGCUCAACCGUACCAACAACCACCACCGGUGGCGGUCUACCAUACGGCGGUGAGCAGUCACCAACCGAUUCAUCAAUCGCACUCAACUCCGAUGAACAAUCAGCAUCGAGUGACGCAUGCUGCUGCACAACAUCCGCCGCAACAACCACAACCAGCUGUGCAAGUGCAACGGAUGCCACAAGCCCCUACGUACUCGACCCAUCCGGUUGUGAAGAAAACACCACCACAGCAAGGCCGGCAGCAGAAGUCACUUGACGAGGUCACCAACAUGCUGAACAAGGUCGUCAACGAUUUCCAUGCGAACCAACAGCCUCCGCGGAAGAAAUCGCAACCCAGUGAGUUUUCCCUACAUGAAAUUCGGUAA